UCUCACACAUUCCAGUCUUAUCUCUAACAUGAUGACAAAAACCAGAACCUCCAAAUAUUACUCUCUAGCAAUUAAUGCCUGCUCUAUGCAUUUAACCAUUGGACUACUGGAUUACAUACACACACCAAUAGCCAGCUUUAAACUCUAAGCACAGGGCUUCAUCUAUAUGUGCUUAAAGUUGUCAAGAAUUGGUUAAUUGAGACGAAUUGCCCUCCUCGGUCUCAAUUCCAUUCCCGACGAAUCUGGCAGCGGCUCAGAUCGCACAGGACAAAACUUCAGGCUCCUCAGUUUUCAGCUCUAAACAGCGGCUUAAAUUUUAUUGCAGAUAUAAACAUCUUAUUUACAUAGCAUGCCUUGUCCGUUUUCUGUCCGAAUACUUCAAAGGCCGCUUCAGGAGUACUCUCACACAUUCCAGUCUUAUCUCUAACAUGAUGACAAAAACCAGAACCUCCAAAUAGUGGCAGCGACUCAGAUCACGCAGGACAAAACUUCAGACUCCUCAGUUUUCAGCUGUAAACAGCGGCUUAAACUUUAUUGCAGAUAUAUAUCUUAUUUACAUAGCAUACUUCAAAGCUCGCUUCAGGAGUACUCUCACACAUUCCAGUCUUAUCUCUUAACAUGAUGACAAAAACCAGAACCUCCAAAUACUACCCUCUAGCCAUUCAUGCCCGCUCUAUUCAUUUAACCAUUGCACUACUGGAUUACAUACACACACCAACAGCCAGCUUUAAACUCUAAGCACAAUUUCACACUAUAUUAAAACAAUUCACCAACAAGAGCACACGCAGCAGUUUUGUGGCUGCUGGGGUUUUUUUUUUUUAAGAGUUGCUGAUUUUGUCAACUAUAUUGUGUUGUGGUCUGGUCUACUAAGGGGGGGAAGUCCGUGGGGUGACAACAUGGGUUACCGCAACAACCAGCCACGGCUGCACAGUGUUCUCUAAUCUGGCCUCUUGGUUGAGGAAUCUGGCUUCCGAUGUCCUGGGUUGCUCAACUUACUAAGUUCUUGCUUUUUGCAAAGACAGUUCAAGUCGCUUUUUUUCAAGCCGGGUGGAGCGGGAACCACGGACAUUUCUUCAUACAGCGAAGGGGAAACGGACCCUCCCAGCAACUAGACGUUAAUACUUUGUCAUAAACGUACCAACUAGCAGUUGUCCAGCGCAUUCCACUCACUGCAUCUGUCGGACAUAAUGCAGGUGAAAUAAUUCACCUGCAAAUACAGCUACCAAACUGGAAGAAGGUAAGGUUGGGGCAAUUUCUGGGAAGGUUCAGAAAAAGCUCCAAAAAUGGCAGGUCCAGAAUGUCGGAAGGACAUAAAGUAAUAUUCAAACCAGGAGGCUUUAUUUUGGACUGGCUUGGGGACCCGGCGGUGCCCGGGUUAUUAGAAGGAGUUGUUUGUUUUGGGAUGUUGGGUCAUAUCACUGAAGUUUGGUCCAGAUAGAUAGAUAUGCAAACAAGAUAGAGAGCCUUCUUCAGCGUGAGCCACAGCCAGGUCUUCUCCUGAUCAGCUUUUCCUUCCAUUUUGUCAAGGGACUUUCCGUGCCAUGUUUUGUUGUGCCAGCUGUCAGCUCUAGUUUGUAGUGCAGUUUUCUUGUACUGGUUUUUUGUCUGCUGUGCUUUGAUGAUGAUGAUGAUGAAGAUGAUGAUGAUGAUGAUUAUUAUUAUUAUUAUUAUUAUUGUAUCCCAGUGUGAUAAGGUCCAGAAGAUGCCCCUGAUGUUGAGCUUGGCCUGCCUUUUGGGAGGGAUGGGGACUUUCCUGGAGGGAGGAAAACAGGGGGAAGUCCUCGUCCUAUUUCCCGUCUUCUUGCUUCUUCCUGGGGAGGGAGGGGGGGAGGAGAAGAAAGCGAAGGAGCCUGGAAGGGAGUCCGUGGAGGCGGAGCAGGCAGAGCCCUUGCCCUUCCUCCUCCUCCUCCUCUUUCCUUUCCAUGCAGGGAGAGAAGGAGAUCCUUGUUUCCGAGCCCUGCUUUUGGGAUCCGCUUCCCGUCCGGAUGGCAUGGGCGGAGAGAGCAAGGCAUCGGAAUUGCAUUCCCAGCCAGGCGGGAGCAGGGAUUUUAAACCCGUGCCCUGCGUCUCAAUCCUGUGUAUUUUAAUAGGACGUAAAAUCCACUUCUUAACUUUGUCGUCAUCACGCCUGCCUCUCGGUUGUGGCUUCGAAGUGCCUUCAACCUUCAUCGGGUCCUGAUCAUACGAUGCCAAGAUCGCCUGGUGUCCCACCCAACGUCCUCGUGUCCGUGCUUGCGUGGCUCUUUGCACAAGCCUUUGUGGUGGCCAUGGGCCCGAGGUGUGUAGUGUUGCCGCUGUGCCUGUGUGUCUUGUUCCGCGGGGCGUUUUCCCAGGACCCUACGUGGACCCCAAAGGGCCUCCUGAUCAACGAGGUCAAUGCGGACAACCCGGGAGAGGACACGGCUGAGUUCGUGGAGCUGUACCACCUCAGCGGCCGGCGGGUCCCUCUGGACGGCUACACGCUGGUCUUCUACAACGGCAACGGCAACGCGGCUUACGGCGUCCUAGACCUCGGGGGCGUUUUCACCGACGACCACGGCUUCCUCCUGGUGGGCUCGGCGGCGGUGGUCCCGAGGCCGAGGGUGGUCCUGCCCAAGAACGGCGUCCAGAACGGGCCCGACGCCAUCGCGCUCUAUUUCGGGAGGCGGGACCUGCACCACGGCAUGGCCCCGACCGGCGGGGGGCUGGUGGACGCCCUGGUGCACACGUCCAGGAAGGGUGACCGGCGGGCGGAGGCGCUGGUCUCGGCCUUGACCCCCGGCGUGGAGCCCUUCCUGGAGGACCCCCUCUUCCGCACCGUGGAUGAGUCCCUGGAGAGGUGCCGAGGGGACGACGGGCGGUGGGUCUUCCAGGUGGCCGUGCCCACCCCCGGCGCCGAGAACCACUGCGUCCCCUUCGCCCGGCUCAACGCCUCCUUCCUGGUCCUCAACGAGGUCGGCCCGGGGUUUGUGGAGCUGCAGGGCCCGCCUUCCACCGAGGUGGAGGACCUGGUGCUGGUUGUGCUUGGCGGGGGGAACCCAGAAGCCUCCUUCGCCCUGGACCUUCGCGGCAAAACGUCCCCCGACGGGCUGCUGCUUCUCGGUCCGGACCAAGCCGACAUUCCAGUGGACCUGGCUCUCCCUCACAACCUGACUGGCCUCGGCUGCGGAGCAACGGCGGAUGUCCAUGCGGUCGCUCUCUAUCAGGGCCGUGCCGGCGGCUUUGCAGUCGGGAAGACUUUGUCGGCCGCGGGCCUCCUGGACGCCUUCGUCUACGCCUGCGGGAAUGCCAGCGCAAGGCUGGCGGACAUCCUGACCCCCGGGAGACCCCCGUUCCGCGUGGGAGAGCAGUCUCUGCGGAACGAGACGUCCGUCAGCCGCUGCUCCUGCUGCUCUCGCACCCGCGACCCCUCCGCCUUUGCUGUCGGCAAGCCCACGGCCGGGACAUUCAACGACUGUCCCAAGAAGCACUUCGGCCGAGAGAUUUCCAUCUGCCUUCACGUCUCGGAUUGCCAGCAAGGAUCGCCAGGAAAAAGCGAGAUCCUGAUAUUUUUGGCCAAGGCCAUCUCCGAAAAAUGCAACUUCCAGGUUCAUUCUAAUUCUUCCCAAGACCGCCAUCAGCAGACCUCUGAGGAAGGAGCGCUGCCAAAGUCUUUGGACAAAGAGCACGACUGCGAAAUAUCUCCUGUUUUCUUCAAAGAUGCUUCCGCCGUGUGCCAGGGCACGGAGCUGGUCCUCAGCGCUCUCCUGACCGCCAGGUCGGCCGCCCAGCGGGACACCUUGGCGCGAGCCCUCUCGGGGGUCCUGGGAACGGAAAAGGGGGUGAGCCUUGGCAGGUGGGACUCCACGGCCGCCUUGAAGCCUUGUCUGCCGAAAGCAAAUGUGACCACGACCCCACCCGCCGAGCCGGGGUCCACCGGAGCGCCUGCGCAUGUGCUGCUCAUCAACGAAGUGAAUCCGGACAACCCGGGGAAGCGGGAGGAGGCCGAGUUCAUCGAGCUCUUCUAUCCCGGGAGCGCCCGGCCCUUUGAGCUGCGGGACCACUGGCUGGUCCUCUACAACGGCAAGAACAACCUGGCCUACCGGGUCAUCAGCCUGGACGGACACCGGACGGACCAGCGGGGCUUCUUCCUGGUGGGCGGCGCCCGAGUGGCCCCCCGGCCCUCGCUCGUCCUGCCGGACAACACCCUCCAGAACGGGGCCGAGGCCGUGGCCCUCUACCACCGCCCCCAGGCCAAGGCCAAGGCCUGCCAAGUCAACAUGGAGGUCACCACGGAGGGGCUGCUGGACGCCGUGGUGUACACGGCCUCGGGCUCCCAGGCGGCCCACCGGCUGCUCUCCAUCCUCGUCCCCGGACAGAGCAUCCUCCACGAGAACAGGGCGCGCGGCCCGGCAGACCUCUCCCUCAGCCGAUGCCGCGGACUCCAGCCCAGGGACCAGGGCAGCUUCCAGGUGACGGAAAUCUCUCCCCUGCGGACCAACGCGUGUCCGGCCAUGGGCUCCAACGCCACGGAGGAGGCUCCGCACAGCCGUUCCAUCCGGAUCAAUGAACUGGGCCUGGGCAACGGCACCAUUCGGUACCAGUUUGUGGAGCUGGAAGGAGAGCCCGGGGCCAGUCUGGAAGGACACUCCCUGGGGUUCUUUUCUGGGCACAAUGACCAGCCGGACGCCCAGGUCCCGCUCCACGGCGCCUUCGGGAACAACAGCCUGUUCGUGGUCUGGCCAGAGGCCUCUCUUUGGAGCGAGCCGCCUCCACCGCAGCACAGCCACAGCGUUGCGCUCUUCCGGCAUCCACGCGUCCCGAACGGCACUCUGGCUCCGGACGAGGUUCUCGAAGACGUGGUCGUCUUCACCCAGGAGCCCCACGCCGGACGGAUUCACGGCCGCUUUCCCGUCUACUUCGUUUCCGGGAAACAGGGAAGAAGGUCGUGGUCCCUGAGCCGCUGCUCUCCCUGCGAGGACGCCUUUGCCGCCUCCGAGGCCACGCCCGGCACAGAGAACGCCUGUCCCCGCGACACCCUUCCCUUGCAUCUCGACAUGUGCCUCCUCACAUCCAACUGUUCCUUGUGGCCUCGCAAUGCGCACACCCUGGCCGCCCUCCAGGAAGCCCUCCUAAGGUCCAUGGAAGAGAGCUGCCUUUGUGGAGUGUCCCCGUGCUAUCUCAAAGGGCUGAAUUUCACCUGCCGUGGUUCCGUCCUGGAGCUCUCUGGUCAUCUGUGGGCCCGGUCGCCAGGACAGCGGGAGCUGCUGGGCCGCUGGUGGUCUCGCUUCUCGGGCAGCCCCCACCCCUUCGCCGUGGACGGGAGGCUCCUCCGGGGCAAAGCAGAAUGCGCACCCGCCAGUCAAACACCACAGACGUCUCCAGCUCCCUUUCGAGCCUGGGAGGUUGCGCUCACCGUUCUGGGCUCCGUUGCGCUCUUGCUGCUGUUCGUCGGCGGGACGUUUUACUGGCUCAAAAGGCGUCCACAGAAUUACACCACCAUUGAGCUGAACGAUCGCUGCGAAAUUAUGGCAGAAACUUGAUAGUCAAAACCAGGAAUAAACAAAGAAGAGCAAAAGCAGCUCAGAGAGCGACUCCAGUUGCCUGGCGUUUACACAGACGGCCAAGAAUGUAACUCUGCUCAUUGCAAAGUCCCGGGUCUAUUGUUGAUGAUGAUGAUGAUGAUGAUAAUUUUGAUAUUCAUGUUCAGAAUGAAAUCUGCGUUUUUGUUUUCAUUGUAUCUUUCUAAUGGAAAGCUUCUGACGGCUGCCUUUGACUGUGAUCCAUCUCAUGCCUUUGCAAAUAGUGCGGAGACAAAAGGACUCCUAUCAAGCGUGGAAACGGUUCUCCGUCCAGGCUCCACCGUGAUACACACAGCAAUGGAAGUGGCGUUUGCUCGAGACCCUUGGAAUUACACAGAGCCAUUUGUGUAGUUCAGACCGUGACAAGAGAGAGCCUGCCUUGUACAAGCUGGGCUUCGAAAAGGAGGAGGAACGAGAGACCACAUUGCCAAUAUCCACUUGUUCCGUCUCCCAGGGUUUUGAUUUUACAAGUUGCCUAUAGUUGCAGGAAUAGCACCUGUUUGCAUUUCUUCCAGGGCUGUUGCAGAUUCUGCAGCAACCUGAUAGUUUAGCCAUUAGUAGAGUUUGUAGUCUGUUUGCAAAGCUUUGCUGCUGGCAGCCUGCAAAUGUAUCUAUUUGUUCUGGAGACCGCCCCUUUUCCUGGGGAAAGAAGGCUCCAUUUUGAGAAGCCUCUUGCCUUCUAGACUGAAGAAGAAAGAACUUAGAUGUGCUUGUGUGGCCAAGCCAGGCCAACUCUGACAAAGCCAUCGUAAGUACUGACCUGCAUUCAAAACCAGUGCCGAGCAUAGAUAGGGAAAGACUUGUUCUUUCUAAAAAUAGUAGCUUAGCACUGGGGCAAAGAACAUCUCCGGAUUUCUUUGCCACUGGAAGAAGCCCUGCCAACUUUGCCUCAAAAACUAGCUUUGAGCUUAGAUAGUGAUAGACCUUUCUGAUAGCAGCUCAGGGCGAGGGUAAACAGGAUCUCAGGAUCUCUUCGCCUUUGGUGGAAGUUAACCCAGCAACUAAAGGAGAAAAGCAAGAAAGGAACAUCUGCAAGGUUUUACAAGGUGACUGUUUUUAUUUGCACCCUUAACUAUGUGUGCCAAGUCUGCCAAGGACUUUGUGAAAAUAAAAUUUUGUUUGAUUGUUCAA